UGGCUCAUUCAGACAUUCACACUUGUAGGUAAACAAAAUGGCGGGGAGAAAAAUUGGACAAAAAGUGGUCGAUUGGGCCAAGAUAACUGACGUUGUGUCUGCUGAGACUAAAGUUCCUAUCCUAGCCUUGAAGGGAAGGUUUGAAGCCAGACAGGCGAGACUAAAUUCUUACCCAGACCACCUCCAACCCAUUGACUGGUCUCAUUACAAGGACGCCAUUAAGAAACCAGGCCUGGUUGAUGACUUUCAAAAGCAAUACUCCGCCCUCAAAGUCCCUUAUCCUCCGGAUACCUUCUCCGAGGAAUUAACUAAGAAAUUGGAAAGGAUUGAGAAGAGGUCUCUGGAGGCCAUUAAGAAUGCGAAAGAGACUUCAGAGCAGCUCACGAAAGAACUUGAAGCCAUCAAAGCUCAAAAGCCGCUCGAAGAAAUGACCGUUGAUGAAUACCUUGCGGACAAACCUGAGCUGAAGAAAAAGAUCGAUGAAGACACGUAUAAUUACAACUGGUACCUACCAAAGCCGUAGUAAUAUGACGACAAUAAACAUAAUAAACAAUUAAACAUUAGACUGAGUUGUUGUUAGGCUGAUAUUAAUAAAAAGAGUAUUGUCAUUGAAUUAGUCAAUUAUACUAGUAA